AGCUGUUACCCAUUUGUUGCUUUUUCAAAAUAAUUUGUUUAAUUUCAUUUUUUCGGUCUAAAACAUGAAUUAAGUUAAAGAGCUUGGUCCUUGAACGCUUGCAAUGCUGAGGCUUACCUGCCUGCGACUCCGGGUCAAGCCGGGCUGUGCGCGUAAUUUGGCUGAUGAAGGGGUGAGGACGAAGGCGAGAAAACCGGAGAAUCACUACCAGGUUCUGAACGUAAAGAGCGACUGCAGUACCCAAGACAUACGCAACGCAUUCGUGGAGCUCUCCAAACAGUACCAUCCCGAUGUAAAGACAAACGCCGCAAGCGCGGAGAGAACGGCACGUUUCGUGCGGAUAUCCGAGGCAUAUCGCACACUGAUUAAGCCGCAGACACGCCGCGACUAUGACGACAGUCUGCUCUGGCUGCCAACUGGUUCCGCUCGCAGUCCAGUUGGCGAGCACAGUGAACCCUCGCAGUCGUGGAAUGUCAAACCUAACUACGAUCCUAGUCCUGGGCCCUACUACGGCAUAAGGGGCCUGAAGCGUGUGUCCAACUGGCAGGUCGCCCUGGUUCUGAUCGCCUUUGGAGUCGUCGGUGCGUUCUUUGGCUUCACUUCCGUCAAGCACUCAUUCGAUCUGCAUCGUCAAGUGCAAGACGAAGUCUCGGCAGAAGCCACCAACCACCAUGCCGCUGUUGUGGCCGAAGCACAGAAACAUGGCAACGAGGAGCAGAUGCGCCGAUUGGCGGACCGCCUGGCCCGCAACCCCUUCAAUCAGUCGGCCAAGUAGCAGAAAUCGGGCUUAUGUAUAUGUAGUGUAGCUAAAUUAAACGACAGAGUAGUUCCA